UCACGGUUCAGCGCCUUCCUCCCCUCCCUCACUUCUGUAGUUCUGUUCUGUUCUUUCCCUCUCCCUGUAACCCACCUCGCCGCCGCCGCGCAGAUUUCGCAGCUCCCAAUCGGCGCCGGACAUCCAUUUUCAAGCUGAAUCCGAGUUCGGGAGACCGCUGAAGGUAGGAACUACUAGGUUAACUUGGGCGAAGCCACUCUCUCCCCCAGCCUCGGAUUGAAUUGUGGGGAAAUUCUUGUUCUUUUGCACUCUCACUGCCAUUUCUGAACAAACCCUAUUCUUCAAUUAGAGUGUAGUGCCGCCAUGGAUGAGGUCUGUGAGGGUAAGGACUUUUCGUUCCCUAAGCACGAGGAGGAGGUGCUUCAGUAUUGGUCAGAUAUUAAGGCCUUUGAAACCCAGCUCGAACGCACCAAGGACCUUCCUGAAUACAUUUUUUAUGAUGGGCCUCCAUUCGCCACUGGUCUCCCACACUAUGGGCACAUAUUGGCAGGGACCAUCAAGGACAUUGUGACCCGGUAUCAGGUCAUGAUCGGUCAUCAUGUAACUCGUCGCUUUGGUUGGGACUGCCAUGGAUUGCCUGUUGAGAACGAGAUUGAUCAGAAGCUGGGGAUCAAGAGGAGAGACGAUGUGUUGAAGAUGGGGAUUGACAAGUACAACGAAGAAUGCAGAAGUAUUGUCACGAGGUAUGUGGAGGAGUGGGAGAAAAUUAUCACGCGCACUGGACGCUGGAUUGAUUUUAAGAAUGAUUAUAAGACAAUGGACUUGAAGUUCAUGGAGAGUGUUUGGUGGGUUUUCUCUCAGCUCUACGAGAAAGGUCUUGUCUAUAAAGGUUUCAAGGUCAUGCCAUAUAGUACUGGUUGCAAGACACCACUUUCAAACUUUGAAGCUGGUCAGAGCUAUAAGGAUGUUCCUGAUCCUGAAAUAAUGGUAGCUUUUCCAAUACUCGGGGAUCCCCAAAAUGCGGCUUUUGUGGCUUGGACAACUACUCCAUGGACCCUUCCGAGUAAUCUUGCUCUUUGUGUUAAUGCAAAUUUUGUCUAUGUGAAGGUUCGCAACAAGGUGUCUGGAAAAAUUUUUGUGGUUGCUAAAUCUCGAUUGUCAGCUCUACCUGUUGAAAAACCAAAAGUGAAUGCACCAAAUGGUUCUACUAAUGUUUCUAAAAAAUCAAAUCCUAAGACAAAGGGAUCCUCAAAUUCGAAAACAGAAAACCCAGUGGAGGACUCAUUUGAGGUAUUGGAGGAAGUGUUGGGAGCUUCUCUGGUGGGUAAAAAAUACAAGCCAUUGUUUGAUUACUUUAAAGAGUUUUCCGAUGUGGCAUUUAGAGUUGUUGCGGAUAGUUAUGUCACUGAUGAUAGUGGUACGGGUAUUGUUCAUUGUGCUCCUGCAUUUGGUGAAGAUGAUUAUCGCGUUUGCAUUGAGAACCAAGUAAUCAAUAAGGGUGAGAAUCUGAUUGUUGCAGUCGAUGACGAUGGUUGCUUUACGACAAAGAUUACUGAUUUUUCUGGACGUUACGUCAAGGAUGCAGACAAGGAUAUAAUUGAGGCUGUGAAGGCACUAGGGAGGCUUGUUAAAUCGGGAAGCUUUACCCAUUCUUAUCCUUUCUGCUGGAGAUCUGAUACACCCCUUAUCUACAGGGCUGUCCCAAGCUGGUUUGUCCGAGUUGAGAAAUUAAAGGAGCAAUUACUAGAAAACAACGAGAAGACUUAUUGGGUCCCUGAUUUUGUGAAGGAGAAAAGGUUCCAUAAUUGGCUUGAGAAUGCAAGAGAUUGGGCAGUCAGUCGGAGUAGGUUUUGGGGUACACCUCUCCCUGUCUGGGUUAGCGAGGAUGGAGAGGAAAUUCUGGUCAUGGACUCGAUUGAGAAACUUGAGAAACUUUCUGGUGUUAAGGUGCUUGAUCUACAUCGGCACAAGAUUGAUCAUAUUACUAUUCCAUCCAGAAGAGGUCCUGAAUAUGGUCUGCUUCGUAGGGUAGAUGAUGUCUUUGAUUGCUGGUUUGAGAGUGGGUCUAUGCCAUAUGCUUAUAUUCAUUAUCCAUUUGAAAACAAUGAGCUUUUUGAAAAGAACUUUCCUGGGCACUUUGUGGCAGAAGGGCUAGACCAAACUCGUGGAUGGUUCUAUACUCUCAUGGUUCUAUCUACUGCUUUAUUUGGGAAACCAGCAUUUAGGAACCUUAUUUGUAAUGGCCUUGUCCUUGCGGAGGAUGGAAAGAAGAUGAGUAAAAGGUUGAAAAAUUAUCCUUCACCAAUGGAAAUCAUAAAUGACUAUGGAGCUGAUGCUCUGAGAUUGUAUCUUAUAAAUUCUCCAGUUGUACGUGCAGAGACUUUACGAUUCAAGAAGCAGGGUGUUUUCGGUGUUGUCAGGGAUGUUUUCCUGCCAUGGUACAAUGCGUAUAGAUUCCUUGUUCAGAAUGCCAAGAGACUUGAGAUUGAGGGGUUUGCACCAUUUGUUCCCGUGGAUCAAGCCACCCUUCAAAAGUCGUUCAAUGUGCUUGACCAAUGGAUAAACUCUGCGACCCAGAGUUUAGUAUAUUUUGUCCGGAAAGAAAUGGAUGGCUACAGACUUUACACGGUAGUUCCAUAUCUUUUAAAGUUUCUUGACAACCUUACAAAUAUUUAUGUGAGGUUCAACCGCAAGAGACUGAAAGGCCGUACUGGGGAAGAAGACUGCCGGAUAGCACUUUCUACUCUUUACCAUGUCCUUUUAACAUCUUGUAAGGUCAUGGCUCCAUUUACACCGUUUUUCACUGAAGUUUUGUAUCAAAACUUGCGGAAAGUUUCUGAUGGGUUGGAGGAAAGUAUUCAUUAUUGCUCUUAUCCUCAAGAAGGAGGAAAGAGAGGUGAAAGAAUCGAAGAAAGUGUUACAAGGAUGAUGACAAUUAUUGAUCUUGCUCGCAACAUUCGGGAGCGUCAUAACAAACCACUUAAAGCACCUCUGAGAGAAAUGAUAGUGGUUCAUCCCGAUAAAGAUUUUCUAGAUGACAUAGCAGGAAAGCUAAGGGAGUACGUCCUAGAGGAAUUAAAUAUAAGAUCUCUUAUCCCAUGCGAUGAUACAUUGAAGUACGCAUCCCUGCGUGCUGAGCCGGAUUUUAGUGUAUUGGGAAAGCGUCUUGGAAAAGCAAUGGGAGUAGUGGCCAAGGAAGUCAAAGCAAUGUCACAGGAAGAUAUCUUAGCUUUUGAGAAAGUUGGAGAAGUUACAAUUGCUACUCAUUGUUUAAGGUUAUCGGACAUAAAGGUUAUCCGGGAUUUCAGACGACCCGAUGGUAUGACAGAUAAUGAAAUAGACGCUGCUGGGGAUGGUGAUGUACUAGUGAUUUUGGAUUUACGUCCAGAUGAGUCUCUAUUUGAGGCUGGCGUUGCUCGUGAGAUUGUUAAUAGAAUCCAGAAGUUGAGGAAGAAGGCUGCCCUUGAACCUACUGACACGGUGGAGGUGUACUUUCAACCACUAGAUGAAGAUAGAUCAGUAGCCGAGAGAGUUUUACGUGCACAGGAACUAUACAUAAGCGAGGCAAUUGGUUCUCCCCUGCUUCCAUCUGCUAUAUUCCCUCCAUCUGCAGUCACACUUGCUGAAGAAAGUUUCCAUAAUGUAGCCGGGAUUUCAUUUUCUAUAAUCUUAGCAAGACCAAUACCCGUUUUCAAUUCGGAUUCCAUUGUUGCUUUAUAUGAAGGUAAUGAAAAAUUCGCCAGAGCCCUUGAAGUAUACUUUUUAUCAAGAGAUAUCUCCAACUUGAAGUCUGAGUUCUCCUCUGGAAAUGGCAAGAUUCGGGUCGACUUCAUCGAGGGUCAGCCGGGAGUGGAGGUGGCAUUGGGAGAGCAUGUUUUCCUGACUGCCGGCGACCAAUUUUUGAAGGCCAAAUCUUCAUAAUAAACCCCAAUUUUUGUAUAUCAAAUUUAAUAAUCUAUUUUUAGAUUUUAUUUCCUCUUUUCUUGAUUUCUUUAUCUUAUUCUUGUGGGAAAGAAUCAAAUUACCCCAUUAAACGUUAUACAUGCCUCCCAAGGUUGAGGUACCACAAUUUUGUAACUUUUCCCUUUGAAAAUCUCAAUGAGUGUAGUCUCGUCUUUAAAAUGUCUUCAAAUUGCAAA